UCCCUCCGCUGGAGUCACGCAGGCAGGCGACAUAUUGUGGUCAGACAGGUGUUAAUGAACAUCUCGACCUUCUUUCUAAACACACUGCGGGACAUUUGUCUUCGGCGCAACCUGUUUUCUCCUGUCGAUUUUUAAAUUGAUUGUUUUUUUUUUUUUUGCUUGAAUUAGUUGACAAACAGAAGAAUCGUCUCUUGGCGACCAGGCCUGCAGGUUCACCUCGACAAACAUCCUGUGGGCAGCAUCAACGUCUAGCACAGGUGAAAGAAAUACACCUGAAGAGGAGGAACUGGUGAGCGAAGAAGUAGUCCAGGUGUUGAAGGUCGUCUGAGGUUUUAUUUAAGCGGUCAGGUCCAGGUAUUGACCCCGGAUGGACUACAUGGACAGUGGACUGAGGUACACCCCGACGGCGGACAAAGACUGGGACACCUCUGUCCAGUUCCUGCCAGCAUCAGAUAACAAAAAGCUUGAGAAGAAAAAGGGUCCGGGAAAAGUUGGGGCUGUGAUCGGAGUGGUGAUCUUUGCUGCUGUUAUUGCACUUAUGACCGGACUGCUCGUCUGGCAUUUCCACUUUCGUAAAGAUGUGCGGGUCAAGAGGAUGUACAGCGGCUCCAUACGGAUCACCAACCAGGUGUUCGAAGAUGCGUAUGAGAACUCUAACAGCUCCGAGUUCAAAGCCCUGGCGAAGCAGGUGACCUCUCAGCUUAAAAUCAUCUAUUCCAAAAGUCCACAGUUGGCCAAAUACUAUGUUGGUUCCACAGUUCAGGCUUUCAGCGAAGGCAGCGUUAUUGCCUACUACCUCUCUGAGUUCAGAGUCCCUGCAGGCCAAGAGGCGGCUGUCGACAACGCCAUGUCUACAAUGGACAAGCUCGUGGACAAAGAGCAGCGUAGCUUGCACAGACCUGGCAACUUACUGGUCCUUGAAGAUGUGGUGUCUUCAGCACUUGAUGCCCGCUUGUUUUCGACAUCAUUCAGCAAUUUUUUUAAGUUUUCAGAACAUACAAGGACCAAUCAGAAAGGACAAAUCCAGUCCCCUGGCUUCCCUGACCGUCCUUAUUCCCCCAACACCUUCAUCCAGUGGCAGCUGAGGGCAGACCCCAACUAUGUCAUCAAGCUUGAGUUUGACACACUGAAUCUGGAAGAGAAUUGCAAGAAUGACUUUGUCAAAAUCUACGACUCCCUGGUGGCGAUUGAGAACCGCGUUAUGGAAGAGAUGUGUGGGUACUACUCACCUAGUGAACCACUGACCUUUCUGUCUUCUGGCAAUGUCAUGUUGGUGACGAUGGCCACAAAUGACAAGAAGAACUUCCCAGGUUUUAGAGCACAAGUCUCACAAAUCCAGCGUGGAAGUAAAGCAAUGGCAUGCGGUGGUCAGCUGAUAGGUGAAAAGGGCAGCUUCUCCUCUCCCAAUUUCCCAAAUUACUAUCCUCCGCGAACUUUAUGCCAGUGGUCGAUCCAGGUCCCUGCUGGUAAGGCGGUCAAGGUGACGUUCAAAAAGUUCCUCCUGUCUGAGCCUGGGCAGGAAAACAGCGAAGACUGUCGCAAAGACUACGUGGAGGUUAACGGAAAGAAACUGUGUGGAGAAAAGAAUGACGGGGCAGUGACAGAAACCAGCAACAGCAACACUAUGAGUGUGGUGUUUUACUCAGAUGCCUCCUACGUGGACCGAGGUUUUGAUGCAGAGUUUGAGGCCAUUGACAUGAAAGACCCUUGUCCGAAGCAGUUCCAGUGCAGAAACCAGCGCUGCAUUAAGACAGAGCUCAAAUGUGAUGGCUGGAAUGACUGUGGAGACAUGAGUGAUGAAUUAAACUGCAAGUGCAGUUCAAAGGACAUCAGUUGUAAAAAUGGAUUGUGUAAGCCCACGUUCUGGAAAUGCGAUGGCAUUGAUGACUGUGGAGAUCGCACAGAUGAGCUGAACUGUGGUGGGUGUAAAUCUGGACAGCUGACAUGUAAGAAUAACAAAUGUGUUUCUGAGAAGAAUCGCUGUGACGGCAGGGACGACUGCGGGGAUGGGUCAGAUGAGCUCGACUGUGGGAGAAACUCUGCCGUAACCUGCACUGAUCUUACGUAUAAAUGCAAAAACAAUAAGUGUAUCAGUAAAGUGAACCCAGAAUGUGACGGAACACAGGACUGCGACGAUGGAUCUGACGAGGAGAACUGCGACUGCGGGAGGAGUAUGUUCAAGACGUCACGUAUUGUGGGCGGUCAGAAUACAGAGGAAGGGGAGUUUCCCUGGCAGGUCAGCCUCCACGUCAAAAACUUUGGUCACGUGUGUGGAGCGUCCCUCAUCAGCCCACGCUGGUUGGUCACUGCUGCCCACUGUGUGCAAGAUGACGGCAGGACAAGAUUCUCCGACCCCGGCACUUGGGAAGCUUACCUCGGCCUUCACAUCCAGCGGAAGAUUGGAAGUGCAGUGGUGAAGAAAAACCUGAAGCAGAUCAUACCGCACCCAAACUACAAUGAGUACACCUUUGACAAUGACAUCGCCCUGAUGGAGCUGGACAGUCCUGUCACCUACUCAGACUACAUCAGGCCCAUCUGCUUGCCGGCUUCCCAACAUGAUUUUCCAACUGGAAACACUGUGUGGAUCACUGGGUGGGGUGCCACUCGUGAAGGAGGAUUUGCAGCAACUGUACUCCAAAAGGCCCAGGUGCGAAUCAUCAACCGUGCUGUUUGUAACGAUUUGAUGAAUGGUCAGAUCACAUCUCGAAUGUUGUGUGCUGGAGUGCUGAGUGGAGGAGUGGAUGCUUGUCAGGGGGACUCUGGCGGUCCUCUGUCCAGUCCGUCCGGGACUCGUAUGUUCCUGGCAGGAGUGGUCAGUUGGGGUGAUGGCUGUGCCCGCAGGAACAAACCGGGUAUCUACACGACUGUCACGAAAUUCCGAGGCUGGAUCAAAGAAAAGACGGGAGUAUAGACCACUUCAAAAUGGUCAAACAAGGCCAAGGAUAUGGACAUGAACACGGACUGAUGAAAUGUACCACAGUACUGAUUUUAUGUCGUCUGUGAUUUUAUGAGGGUGGGGUCAAUGAAAUGUUUUUAAAUGUAAAUAAACUUUUUAUUUUUGUGUGCUUUUUGCAGAUGUUGUUUUUAGUGUGUUUUGAUGGAGAACGAUGUUAUGAGCCUCAUGAGAAAUAGAUUUUAAGGCAUGAUUGUUACACUUGUACACAUAUGAAAUGUGCAGCCGUGUACUCUGUUGUCUUGUGUUUUACUGGUAGCCAUCAAAAUAAUUUCCCACCAUGUUUCCUUGUUGUCUUUGUUGUAAAUAUUCUAAAUUAAAAACAAAAUGACAGCAAGCUUGUUCCAUCCUACCUCCUAUGGCUUGGUAUCUUCUGUAUUUUAUUAUUGACAUUUAGUUCAGCAGAAAUCCCUGAAAAGUCAGUGAUGUGAUUGUUCAAUUUGAAAGCAUUAUUAUCCUUCUCUUCAUGGAUGCUGUUUCAUUUUAACAGAUAUGAGUGAAAGUGAACUGAAUUUCUAUCCAACACAGUCAAGUUGUAGAUUUUGUUUUUGUUUAAUCCUUCAUGAUAAUAUGCUGAUAUGACCGCUCCCAUUUAGAACAAUAUUGGUCAGUCCAUCAAGUUGAAUUAGUCUGUGUAAAUGUGUGUUUUAUAGCAAAUGUUUUUAAAUAAAAAACUCCUAAUAUAA